AUGAAAGAGAAGAAGGCAACCUCUUUAAAUCCUGUAAAAAAGAAUAAAAAAUUGAAUCAAAAACAUGACGUUACGGACCCACGUUUUGAACAUGUACGAAAGGACCCGAGAUUUAUACGGCCCAGGCGAAAAGACGUAAAAAUUACCCUUGAUCCUCGAUUUGCACACAUUUUUAGUAGUAAAGAGUUUACAGAGACGCCCAAGGUUGAUAAAUAUGGACGAUCUACUUCAUCGGAUAAAAUAGCAGGUGAAUUAAGAAACUUUUACAUGCUAGAUGGGGCAGACAGUCUUCCGCACGAAAAUCAAAAUAAUAAACUAUCAAAGAAUAUCAUUGAUUCUUCUGAUGAUUCCGAAAGGAGUGACCAUGAAUCAAGUGAAGAUGCCUCACCAGUUUUAGAUCUCGCUAGAGGGGAAGUUAACGUUGAACAAUCUGAUGAGCAGAUACCAAUUGGGGAAGAGACGCAUAGAUUUGCUGUGGUCAAUCUUGAUUGGGAUAAUGUAAAGGCUUCAGAUCUAAUGAAAUUAUUUAAUGGCUUCAAAAAAGAUGGGUCUGUUAUACAUUCAGUUAAAAUAUAUCCUUCAGAGUUCGGAAAAGAAAGAUUAGCAAAAGAAGCAUAUGAGGGUCCACCAAAGGAAAUAUUUAUGCCAGCCGAUAAUAAUUCUGAGGAUGAAGAAAUUAAUGAAAAAACAAUAAUUAAAUGUGAUACGGGCGAAGAGUUUGACCAUGAAGCCUUGAGAAAAUAUCAAUUGGAGCGAUUAAAAUAUUAUUAUGCAGUCGUUGAUUGCGAUACAGUGGAAAACGCACGUCAUAUAUAUAAACAAUGUGAUGGUACAGAGUUCGAAAACGAAUGUUUUCAAGCACCAGACGUCUAUAAACCUGUGGAUUUUGUUACGGGAGUAUUGCAACAUUCUGAUGUAAAAUUAACUUGGGAUGAAGAUGAUCCAGACCGUGUCAGGAUAGUACGGCGGAAUUUUUCAAGGAAGGAUAUUGAUGAGAUGGAUUUUAAAGCAUAUCUUGCUUCACCUAGCGAAGGAUCUGAUGAAGACGCCGAAACACCUUUGCAUAAAUACAAAAAUCUUGUUAACGAAGCAGAUAAUGAUCAUUCUGAUGAUGUGGAUAUGGAGAUUACAUUUACUCCGGGACUAAACGAAAAAGCUACAGACCAACCCAUUGAAGAGGAAACCACUAUAGAAAAGUAUAAACGUAAGCAACGCGAAAAAAGGAAAGCAAGAAAAGCCGCAAAACAAGCGAAUAUAUCUCAGAGCAUUAACGAUGAGCGCAUCGAAAAAGACAAAAAGAGAGCCGAAUUAGAACUUCUUAUGGAUGAUGAAGGAAAUAAACAUUUUGAUAUGAAAGAGAUUAUCAAAAAUGAAAAAAAGAGGAAAAAGAGGAAUCAGAAAGAUGUUCAAGAAGACUCUUUUGAAAUUAAUGUCGAUGAUUCUCGUUUCGCAGCUCUUCACGAAUCUCAUCAUUUCGCAAUAGAUCCUACUAACCCUCAAUUUAAAAAGACAAAAGCAAUGUCUAAAUUGCUGGAAGAACAACGACGUCAAACUAGAUCAAGAGAAAAAUCAACAGACAUAA